AUACGUAGUUAUUCUCCAGAGAGAGAGAGAGAGAGAGAGAGAGAGGAGAGAGAGAGGGCGGUAUUUCAAGGCUGAGUGAUGGUUUUUAUUGCUGCUCUGAUUUUGAUACGUUCGAGAGGCCAAAAAUGGAGGAUAGAAGCUUGUGAGUGAAGGAUUUACUUCAAAGGAUUUGGAAAAUUUGGCCACUUUUUGGCACUGUUUCUUAAGGGAUAACUCCGAUUGCGAUUUGGAGUUUUUUCUCCGCGUUUCGAACUCUCAUUCUUCGACGGUUUUCAAGCAAAACCAGUUACUUGAUGAAGUUAGCUGAUCCUUGUUGUUAAGAACAAAACAAUGGUUCUGAAUAAGACUAAGGAAGAGAAGUAGUUCUGAGAGAGAGAGAGAGCAUUUGAUGGUAGUUUGAUGGCUAAUUCUGCUUCAGACUCCUACUUACAAGCUGGAUCACUGGGCAAACAUAUAAGCAGUUCACUGUUCGGUAUUCCUGGAUUCUUUUCCGGGUUUGGGUCGAAAGGUUCGGUAGAUAGYGACUCACUUAGAAGUCCUACAUCGCCGUUGGAUUUCAGGCUUUUUUCCAAUCUUAGCAACCCAUUUGGUUUUAGAUCCACAUCAUCGGCAGAAACUGAAAGCGGUCGCCAAAAGAAGUUUAUUUCUAGUGAGGUAGGUCUUGGCAUCAUAAAUUCUAUUGUUGUUGAUGACUAUGGACCAGCCAGUGAAGUUCUCGAUUCAACUCGAAGGAAGAAUGUGAUUUUUGGACCACAGAUCAAAACUAAAAUCUCUAAAUCGUCAAACCAUUAUAUCAAAUCCUUUGGUUCUACUUUGAAAUCUUAUUCUUUGCCAACCAAUUAUACAAUCUCAUCACUUUCCUUAACCAAAAUUCCAAGCUCCAACUCUGGAGCCAUAAAUGGYSUCUCUGGCAAUGGAGAAUUUUCUGCUUUAGAAUCUGUACCCUUUGAAAGCAAUGCAUCAUUUUUGUCAAAUGCUGGCRGCUUUUCCUCCCUUGGUAAUGACUCGACUCAAAAUUCUGAUCCAAGUGCUGAAAAUUUUCCAUUGGAAAGUAACAACACUAUCUUUCCAGUGAUUAACAAUAGCCCCCAAAGGGAAAAUUCAUUGCCCAUCAAAUCCAGUUCAUUGCCAAUCACUAUUGGCUCAAGCCAUGCAUAUGUAGGCUCUCUUACUGCUAGAGAAAUAGAACUUUCUGAAGACUAUACCUGCAUAAUUUCUCAUGGUCCAAACCCAAAGACAACACGCAUUUUUGGUGACUGUAUUUUGGAAUGUCACACAGACGAAAAUAUUGAUUCCAGUAAGAUGGAAAAUCCAGAUAUCGAGUCGUCUCCAUUGGGAAGUUGCCCAGAAGGUUUGGUCCAUGGAGCUGCGGAUGCUGAUUCGCAAAUCUGUUACUCAUGCAAGAMAGUUUUGAAAUCGAAAGAAGAACAUGAUAUUUAUUUAUGCAGCAGGGAUGWCAAAGCUUUUUGCAGUUCUCAGUGCUACUCUGAGGAGAAUUUUGCAGAAGAUAAGAUUGAGAAGACUUCAAAAGAUGAAAGUGAAAGCUCUGCAGUGUCAAGCUACCAUGAAGAUCUCUUCAUCAUGGGGCUCCCUUUGCUUUAUGACAAUGAGUUAUAGUUUAUUUUCACGCCCUCCCACAGCCGUGUUCGGUGAGACGACACGACAGGAAGAGGAGGAUCAUCUGUUUACUAAGAGCUGUCUGUGUAAAUCAGUGUGCAGCCAUGGAUGAUCGCAGAGUUUAUAGUUUUUCCCCCCAUUUUGUGCUUUCAUGGUGUUGGUGAGUCUCGAGUAGAGAAGAAAGAUGAGUUUUUGCUUCCCCUCCUCCCUCAGGCAGAGCAUAGAUAUGAUGUUAUAUCUGUUUUGCUUGUUCAUUGAAGAUUUUGGUUCAACUUUGUUAACUGGAGAUCAUUUUGCUGUAUCUCAAAGACUUUGUUGACUUGAAAAAAAAAAAAAGGUUUUUGCAAACAGUUUUUAGAAAAGUUAUGGAUAGUUUGGUAUUUGAGAUGGAAACAUAAUAAUAUAUUAUUAUAUUCUCCUA